GCUGAGCGGCUUAGGAAUGACAGAUUUCUUUCUUCCGCUGUUCUCAAUUUUGGCGCUUGAUUUGAGACCUCCGCCGGGUGAACUUCGUCAGUGGAAACUUUCCAACUUUUCUAGUUGUUUUUUCUCCCUUAAACUCCACCAUGUAUGUGAUAAAGAGAGAUGGUCGGAAGGAGAAGGUGAUGUUUGAUAAGAUCACAUCACGGAUCUGCAAGCUUAAUUACCAACUCAAUGCUGAUUUCGUAGACCCGACUCAGAUCACCAUGAAGGUGAUCAGUGGUGUCUACCCUGGCGUGACCACCGUCGAACUGGACACACUCGCAGCAGAGACAGCAGCCACCAUGACGACCAAGCAUCCCGACUAUGCCAUCCUCGCGGCCCGCAUCGCCGUCUCUAAUUUGCACAAGGAGACCAAAAAAGUGUUUUCUGAUGUCAUGACAGACUUGUACAACUACAUCAAUCCGAAAAACAAGAAACACUCCCCGCUGAUUUCGAAAGAGACCUACAAGAUCAUCAUGGAAAACAAAGAUAAGCUGAAUUCUGCCAUCAUCUACGAUCGCGACUACGACUACCAGUAUUUCGGAUUCAAGACCCUGGAACGAUCAUACCUUUUGAAACUUGACGGAAAAAUCGCUGAGCGGCCCCAGCACAUGUUGAUGAGAGUAGCGGUUGGUAUCCACGAAGAGGACAUUGACGCUGCGAUUGAGACCUACGAGCUCUUGUCAGAGAAGUGGUUCACCCAUGCAUCGCCCACGCUGUUCAACGCUGGGACCUGCCGACCACAACUCUCUAGCUGUUUCCUGCUGACAAUGAGCGACGAUAGCAUUGAGGGGAUCUACGACACCCUGAAGCAGUGCGCGCUGAUCUCCAAGACGGCCGGAGGCAUUGGCGUCAACGUGCACAAGAUCCGAGCCACUGGAAGCUACAUCGCCGGGACUAACGGCCAGUCCAACGGACUGCUGCCCAUGCUACGUGUUUACAACAACACUGCCCGCUAUGUGGAUCAAGGAGGGAACAAGCGUCCCGGGGCCUUUGCCGUGUACCUGGAGCCCUGGCACGCCGACAUCUUCGAUUUCCUGGACUGCAAGAAGAACCACGGCAAGGAAGAGCAGCGGGCCCGUGACCUCUUCUACGCCCUGUGGAUACCAGACCUGUUCAUGAGGCGCAUUGAGAACGACCAGGACUGGUGCCUGAUGUGCCCCAACGAGAGCCCAGGGUUGUCCGAGUGCUGGGGCAAGGAGUUUGACAAACUCUACGAACAAUACGAGAGCGAAGGAAGGUACCGCAAGAAGAUCAGGGCCCAGUACCUCUGGCAGGCCAUCAUACAGGCUCAAACGGAGACUGGUACCCCGUACAUGCUGUACAAAGAUGCCUGUAACGGCAAGAGUAACCAGCAGAACCUGGGCACCAUCAAGUGCAGUAACCUGUGCACGGAGAUCAUAGAAUACUCCAGCCCAGAUGAGGUAGCAGUGUGCAACUUGGCCUCCAUCGCUCUGCCCAUGUACGUACUCCCCAACCGAACCUUUAACUUCAAGAAGUUGGCCGAGGUGACUCAGGUCGUCACCAGGAACCUCAACAAGAUCAUUGACAUCAACUACUACCCUGUCAAAGAGGCAGAGAGGAGCAACCGGCGUCACCGCCCCAUUGGCAUCGGGGUGCAGGGCCUGGCCGACGCUUUCAUCAAGAUGCGCUUCCCCUUUGAGAGCCCCGAGGCCCAGAAGCUCAACAUCCAGAUCUUUGAGACCAUCUACUACGCCGCCCUGAGGGCAAGCUGCGAUCUGGCCAAGGAGCAGGGACCCUACGAGACCUACGAGGGCUCCCCGGCCAGCAAAGGGAUCUUGCAGUAUGACAUGUGGGGCGUCACCCCAACGGACCUGCACAACUGGGCAGCCCUGAAGGCUGAUAUCGCCCAGUAUGGCCUGAGGAACAGCCUGCUGAUUGCCCCCAUGCCCACGGCCUCCACUGCCCAGAUCUUGGGCAACAAUGAGUCCAUUGAGCCCUACACCAGUAACAUCUAUACCCGCAGGGUGCUCUCGGGAGAAUUCCAGAUUGUGAAUCAACAUCUCCUGAAGGAUCUGACGGAGUCGGGGUUGUGGAAUGAUGAAAUGAAGAACCUCCUCAUUGCCCAUAACGGCUCCAUACAGAACAUUCCGGGGAUCCCCCAAGACAUCAAGGAUCUGUACAAGACGGUCUGGGAGAUCUCUCAAAAGAACAUUCUCAAGAUGGCAGCGGAUCGCGGGGCCUUCAUUGACCAGAGCCAAUCGCUCAACGUCCACAUCGCAGCGCCCAACUUUGGCAAGCUGACCAGCAUGCACUUCCACGCUUGGAAACUGGGCCUGAAGACGGGCAUGUACUACCUCCGCACCCGGCCGGCCGCCAACCCCAUCAAAUUCACACUGGACAAGCAGAAGGCCAACGCCACCAUGCAGAAGGCGGAGACACCCGAGAAGGAGGAGGAGGAGGAGAAGACAGCGGAGGAGGCCGAAGACGAGGAGAUGCAGAAGCUGAACGAGGCGGCCCUGGCCUGCUCCCUGGAGAACCCCGGAGAGUGCCUCAUGUGCAGCGGCUAGCAAUCGGUCACUAGCAGUCAGGGCUGUGACUCCUCGGUUUAACUCCAUUAACCAAUUAACCGACUGAAAUUACUCGUUCAAAUUAUCACUGCUGUUUAUAUUGUUUCAAAACACUCUGGAUCAUUGUCCGGUGAGCUGAAUAAAAUGCAACGGUUGGUUCUUCUUUUCCUGCGUCCAUGUGUAUUUAUUUGUAACUUGUUCUAUUCAGGGUCAUAGAUUUGUUGGUUUCUGCCUAGUUUGCAGAGGGAGCCCUGCCGUGUCUACUUUGUUUAAUGAUCUUAGUAACCAUUCCGGUUGUGUGCGACGUCAAGAAAAUCCCAGUACAGUAAAUACACAGAACCACUAAAUAAAUUACAUACAAGAAAAGUAGUAAUUAUAUAUACCAACUUUAUUUACCGUAAUUGGUUCACAGUGUACACUAGUAAUAUUUGAGUUUAUUACACGAGUUAAAGUUGACUCGGUUCGAUCCUUUCUUUUCUCACAGAACCGAAAUGAACUAAAACUUUAACUCUUGCAUCGCAUCUGCUUACUUCAAGGCAAAUAUCAUGGAUCUGUCCACCAGACCAUUGCAGUCUCUGCCAUCUUUUGCAUUUAGUUUGGUAUUUAAUGCAUCAGGUGCUAGGAGAAUUAAAAUAAUUCAGGGGUUUUAACCAUCACCCCCAAUGUGUUUUAAAAAAUUCUGAAGCGGGAAUAUUGAGAUGGUUAGCUUGGGACUGCAUUCUUUGUUUUACUCAAACUAGAUUUCUUCUGUUAAAGAUAACGAUUCUUUCAUUUCUUGCUUGAUAAAAAUUACAUGUACAUGGCCAGGAAAAACUGUUCACUGCUUUAUCCUGUGUCCUUGUGUAAAGUGGAAGGAACACAUUUGCUAAAGUUAAAUAUGUUCAUCUGUACAAAAGCCCAUGAUUAAUAUGCUAUGACAAAAGAAAUGAAUUAUUCUUUAUAGAAAUAUAUCAAAACGUUCCUGCAGUAAAUUAUGCACAUGUAUAUUUGCGAAUUAGUUUGUUACAUUUAACUUCACUUUUGUCUGGAAAUUUCCGGCAAUAAAAGUGCCUCUUCACAGUCUCGACUUGAAAUUGGCUAAUCUUUGUGUAAAGUUUGAUUCUGCUACCACUUUAACGAUUGCAUAUUGUGUGUGUAUUACACAACCCCUUUGCUGGACAGAUUGUAUGUCUUUGUUUCAUUUUUAAUGCCACCUUUUUUUUUUCAAUAAAGACGACCAUUCCUAGAGGAUAUCA